GUGCGGGGCUGAAUCUCAAUGAGAAAGCGGCCAAUGUAAAUCACUGCAAGACACGGAGGAGAGAGAGAGAGAACAGCAGCUGCCGACCGACCAGCCAGCCAGCCUCCUCUGCGGGACAACAAAGGAGGUGCCGGGCUCACAUCACGACUCCUGUCAGCACAACUCAACAUCUGAAUCGUGACCACUAAGAAGAAAUCUUGAAUAUUCCCUAAAUCUUCAGCUUUAGACCUACUUUGACAGGACGACAUGGAGGAACACUUUGACGAGAGGGAUAAAGUGCAACGCAACAGCCGAAGCGCAGGACGGGCGAACGGGCUACUCAGCCCCACUCACAGCGCCCACUGCAGCCUGUACCGGACGCGCACCCUGAAAGCCCUGAGCUCGGAGAAGAAAGCGAAGAAAGUGCGCUUUUACCGCAAUGGUGACAAGUACUUCAACGGCAUAGUGUACGCCAUCUCAUCGGACCGGAUAAGAACCUUUGACGCGCUGCUGGCCGACCUGACCCGAACCCUCUCUGACAACGUCAACCUGCCCCAAGGGGUCCGAAUCAUCUACACAAUAGAUGGUACCAAAAAAAUCACCAGUAUAGAGCAGCUGGUGGAAGGUGAGAGUUAUGUGUGUGGCUCCACCGAAGCGUUUAAAAAGGUCGACUACUCCAACAACAUCAACCCUAACUGGUCUGUGAAUGUGCGGGCCUUGGGCUCCAGCAAGUGCCCCACGUCUCUAGCCAGCUCGAAAACAGGGCCACAGUCCAAAGAGAGCAAAGACUUCAUCAGACCCAAACUGGUCACCGUUAUCCGCAGUGGGGUGAAGCCACGGAAGGCAGUUCGCAUCCUGCUCAACAAGAAGACGGCCCACUCCUUUGAGCAAGUUCUGACUGACAUUACAGAUGCUAUAAAGCUUGAUUCUGGCAUUGUCAAGAGGAUCUACACCCUUGAGGGAAAACAGGUCGUGUGCCUUCAAGAUUUUUUUGGAGAGGAGGACAUCUUCAUCGCAUGUGGCCCAGAGAAGUUCCGUUACCAGGAUGACUUCAUGUUGGAUGAGAGUGAGUGCCGAGUAGUGAAAUCAACAUCCUACGGAAAGAUGGGGUCUUUAAACAGAAGCUCUCCCAGAAGUCUUGCUCUUUUCAGACGCAGCAAGUCUCCUUCUGGAUCAGUGAAUGGGACCCCAGCCAGUCAGAUGUCCACACCCCAUUCUGCAAAAUCGCCUAGUCCAACUCCAACCAGCCCGGGGAGCUUGAAGAAACGCAGGGGAUCCCAGCACAGCGGUUCUUCUCUGUCUCUGGCCUCUACCAAAGUCUGCAGUAUGGAUGAGGAGGAAGGGCCCGUGAGCGAUGCCGAGCCCUUGGAGGAGACGCCGAUACCCACAGUCCCGAGCUCCAUUUCAGAUCGGUACAAAGUGGGCCGAAUGAUCGGAGACGGGAACUUUGCAGUGGUUCACGAGUGUGUGGAGCACUCAACUGGCAGGGCGUACGCUCUAAAGAUCAUCAACAAAGGCAAAUGCAGAGGAAAGGAGCAUAUGAUCCAGAAUGAGGUGGCUAUCCUCAGAAGAGUGAAACAUCCAAACAUUGUGUUGCUGAUUGAGGAAAUGGACACUUACAGUGAACUCUACCUGGUCAUGGAGCUUGUCAAGGGAGGAGAUCUUUUUGAUGCCAUCACCUCCGCCAACAGAUACACCGAGCGGGAUGCCAGCGGCAUGCUGUACAACCUGGCCAAUGCUAUCAAGUACUUACACAGCCUUAACAUCGUCCACAGGGACAUCAAGCCAGAGAACCUUUUGGUGUACGAGCAUCAAGACGGAAGCAAAUCCCUGAAGCUGGGCGACUUUGGCUUGGCCACUGUGGUAGACGGACCCCUGUACACUGUCUGUGGAACACCCACAUAUGUAGCACCAGAGAUUAUCGCAGAGACCGGGUAUGGCCUUAAGGUAGAUAUCUGGGCGGCUGGAGUCAUCACAUAUAUUCUCCUCUGUGGCUUUCCUCCAUUUCGUGGGAGCACUGAUGAUCAAGAAGCUCUGUUUGACCAGAUACUACUGGGACAGUUAGAAUUUCCUCUUCCCUACUGGGACAAUGUAUCAGACUCAGCCAAAGAGCUGAUAGUGUCUAUGCUGCAGGUGGAAGUGGAUCAGAGAUACACAGCGCUGCAGGUGCUGGAACAUCCCUGGGUCACUAAUGACGGUCUGUCAGAAAACGAGCACCAGCUGUCAGUGGCGGGAAAGAUCAAGAAGCACUUUAACACCGGGCCCAAGCCCAGCAACAACACCCCGGGAGUGUCUGUGAUGACGCUCGACCAUGACUUUUCCAUCCAGAGAUCAGGGUCGUUGGAUUUCUAUCAGAACCCGGGCAUGUUUUGGAUAAGACCACCGCUCUUGAUAAGGAGAGGCAGAUUCUCCGACGAGGAUGCCACCAGAAUGUGAGCGCAGCUCCCUGGACCACCCAGCCGACCUGUAGCCUCCACAUCCCAGCCUUUACUCCCAGUCUGUGCCCCGGUCUGCACCUCGACCCCCUGUCCCAGCCGCCCAGCGGACUUCCCGCUCCAGCCCUCAUCCCCGGUCCAAAUCCCUCUACCACCACAGCCACCGCCACCACCACGCCCGAGUCUGAAGACUUUUCCGCCUGCUCCACGGAGACUGUUCGCUCCCUCUUCUCCCCUUUCUAGUGUCGAAAGGGAAGGGAACGAGUGGAAAGGGCACUAAAUGAGAAGGAGGGUUUAUGAGGAUUCGGAACGCGGCCGAGUGGACCGAUGAACUGAACCAUUUUGUAAUCUGAUCACAGGGAAAAUGAUGACCGUCAAGAAGGGGUUUUCUUGUUUAUUUAUGGUCAUUAUAAUAACUUUUCGUUUAUUUAUACAUAAUAAAUACAUUUUCUUUUUUAUUCAAGUUCAAAAAUGUCUUUUUCUGUUGAAGCACCUUAGAAAUGUGAUGUUUUUAUGGGUCCGGUAUCGUUCAUAUGUUUCAGAAGGAAACUGGAAGGACAUUUAGCUAAUUUGACUCCUGGUAAUUAGUACCCUGUGUUCCUAAAAACCUUUCUAAGCAGACUGAAAACUAUUUGAAUUGCAGAUACCUCUUCAGAGAUCAAGUCGUACGUGGAUUUCCUUUCUAUUGUGGUCGCACAGCAUUCGUUCAUACGCGAGAUGGGGACCUUUUUUUGUAAUCAGUGUAAAUAAUAUAAUUUCAAUUAUUUUGAUAUUGACAAUAUAUUUCUUUAUCUUAACUAGACAAUGUAAGUCACAUUUAACCAUUUUUGCAGUUUUUAGGUAUAUGGAACAUAAGCACAAAUGCGUUGUUGGGAAAGACAUAAGCAACAUUCCUUAAUACAGGGUCAGCUCUUGGAAAUACAAAUGCCAACGGUUCGGUCUGAUGAAUUCCAUUUCAUGAAUGCAAGACAUUAAUUCAGUGGUACCUCUGCUGUUAGUGUCAGGAGGUCAGAUUAGGCUUGAGUGUUUCUGAAGUGCAGUAAGAGGUGUUCUAGUAACUCAUAGCCCUGCUUACUGUGUCAUUGUAUUCUCUCAUUAGUGCAUGGAAUACGGAGUGGCUCUUACAUUAUAAUUUGAGACAUUAUCUUAUUAAAAAAUAUAUUAUAACCUCA